ACCAUGCCUUUUUACGGUCGUCCCAGCAAAGGAUGUUCGAGUUGCCGAGAAAGACGAAUCAAAUGUGACCGUCUCGAGCCUCUGUGCUCUCAAUGCAAGAGAGCGGGCAAAGCAUGUGGCGGCUACCGGGAUGUACCUUCUUUUAUGUUCCGAAAUGAAAAUGAGAAGGCGGCCCGACGAAGUGCUGAAGCGAAGGCCAGGUCAGAAGCUCGUCGAAGAUUGGAGGACGGAAUAGCUCUAGACUCUGAUAUAUCCACACCUGGAUCGCGAGCCGAGCGUUCCCCGUCGGAGGCGUUGGUAUGCAGGGGUAGGGGCCAACUGUCUCGCAGCCCAAGCAUUCUCACCCUAUCCACCCCAUUGGAGGAUCAAGGCCUACAAUUCUUUAUCAAUCAAUUUGUGACGCCGAUGGCUGUGAGGAGAGAUGGUACCAUGCAUGUAAGUAGUGUGCAGCCGUCCUCUUAUUUUGGACCAAUUACACUCGAUCGGUCAAGUCGAGAUGCCGUUGUCUCGGUUGGACUUGCUGCCAUGUCCAAUGUCAACCGCGAUAGGGAAUUGCGAAUAUUAUCGCGAGAGAAGCACGUCCUAGCCAUCAAGGCUGUGCAAGAAGCGGUGGGGGACCCGGCUCAGGCUAAUCCAGAUAGAAUGUUCCAUUUGAUUGUCAUGCUAAGCCUAUACGAGAUGGUGAGCUGUGCUCCAAACCAGCUUGAUUCUUGGGCAGUCCACCUAGAUGGCGCCGGUGCUUUACUCAAGCAAGCAACCGUGCUCAAAUUUCUCGCGACCUUGAAUCAUCGGGCGCAAUUGCAAUUCUACUUUGUUUUCAUAGUCAAAUAUUUCUCCAAUACGAGCACUCCACCAGAUUCAUUGAACUGGUCUCCUGAUGUCAUGGGAUCUGUGCCCCUGGAGCUGUUACCAGCCGUCAAUCUUGUGGACAUAUUGAUCAGAUUCAUGCAUUUCGAUGCGUCUUUGCGCCAGCAAAGUUCAAAUUCAAGAUCAAUCAUCGAUUCCGCGUUAAUGUUCGAGGACGAACUCCGCAAGUGGGAAGCUAGCCUACCAGAGAGCUGGACCUUCAGCGUCCAAGAAUCGGACACAUACCAGGGUACCUUUUACGGCAAAUACCAUGUUUACAAGGAUCCAUGGGUCUCGAGAAUAUUCAACCACUACCGCUGGGCACGACUACUAGCUAAUGAGAUCAUUUUAUCCACAAUUUCGAGCCUGAGAAGGCCCACACCAGAAGAGCUAAUCCAACGACAAAACUCAUUGGAGACGAUUUCUUGCAUGGCACUUAAAAUAUGCAUGGGAGUAGCAAGCCAUGAGGCAAUCUCCCAGCGAGGCCUUGCCACCGAUGACCCAUCGCAUGUCCCGCCGCUGAACGGGAUCUUCAUGAUGCUGUUCCCAUUAGCAGUCGCCGGAGGGGCGGCCGGGAUCCCAGACCAUGUGCAUGACUGGGUGAUUGGAACACUUGAGCAAAUAGGACGCUCUAUGGGGAUUCAGCGAGCUAUAGGAAUGAUAGCCCGGGUGAAGAAGUCGCAUGGAAAAUGGAAAGAAGACCAGGCGCGAUGGCAGGAAAUGCAUACGUUCCAGAAAGUUAGCAGUUAG